UUCCAGAAUUUGUCAAGUAUACAAAGUACCACGGAAAAACUAUUACAGGAUCCUGUUUCUCCUCUUCGUUUGUGAGGCUUUUGCGCUCUUUCUUCUCUCUACUCGAUUCAAAAGCAUAUAUCCACUGGCAUUUUUCAAUCUCCAGUCGAUGUUUAAAAAACCUCCUACCUUCAUUUCGAACACUUCAGAUGACGUCCUCAGAACAAUUGAGUAUUUUCCAGAAGACGAAUACCUCAAAGAUAACUCUUCCUUCUUUAAACUUCGGCCAGAAGUCAUCAACAGCUUCGUUCCAGAAAUUCUCAUUCAGGCAUCACCUCUGUGCGCUGGGGAUGGUCCUUACCUGCUGGUCGCCAUACCCUCCGUACAUAAUCACAUGCAUGUGAGGGAGGCAAUCCGAAACACGUGGGGUAGCAUAGCAUCUGGCAGAAAAUGGCCGCGGAAGUCUGUGGCUGUGGACGUCAAGCUGGUCUUCUUUCUAGGAGUUAACGAAGCAACAAACAUGUCCGACCUGAAGGCGGAGUCUGGACGCCAUGGAGACAUCGUGCUGGGCAACUUUCUGGACACUUACCGUAACCUGUCCGUCAAAAUAGCCUUUAUAUUACACUGGACAAUUACUUACUGCUCAAACGCGAAACAUUUACUUAAAGUAGAUGAAGACAUCUUCGUUAAUAUACCUUUACUGAUAGACAUACUACAUAAUGUAUCCAAGCAACAAGAGCGCUACAUCAUUGGCCACAAACACAAUUUCCACAAGCCCCCUGUUGUUCGCAGAGGUCGGUGGUCAGUCAACGAGUCUGUAUACCCUCUUCAUUACUUUCCCCGCUACACAUUCGGAAGUUCAUAUGUUAUUUCUCACAAGGCUGUCAGAGACCUGCUCACCGCUUACAAGUACAUGCCUCUUGUCCUGGUAGAAGACGCUUUCUUCACUGGAAUCCUGGCUAAGACAAUGAGCAUUCCCAGAACUCACUGUCCUCGCUUUGCACCAGCGAGUGAAACUAACAGAUGUCUUUUACUGGAAGACAAGUUUGUGAGUCAAGCAGGCUUUCGAAAAAACACUUCUGAUUACUACAAUACUUGGUCCAUGAUUGUUAACAACAAAUGUAGAAAAUGA